AUGGCGUGUCGGAAGCGUGUCCACGUUAUUUUUAACAAAGAUAGCAAGGUAAGUGAUGUGUUAAACAACAUGGGAUUUGGACUAAAACCACCACAUCGCUGUCCUAUUCCCGUUGCCGAUGACCCAGACAAAGUAGCUAUUCCGAAGCGAAGAUCGCCGGACAAAAUUGUUAAAACUUUUUCGUAUGUUAUGGAGGAUGAGCUAGCAAAUAAUGGAUCUCAGUCAUCUCCACUAUUUGGAGGGCAUCAAAGCUGGUCGCAGAGAGAUGAUAGUUUUAAACUUAAGUCGGCGAUGAUGGUGCACUGUGGUUUUAUGCGAAAUGGUGGUGCAGAAAUGGCUCCAAAAGACAUUGAAUAUGCCAAGAAGUGUAGACUUGUGGUUGCAUCAGGCAUUUUUGAUGGAUAUGAUACACCUCAUCAGCCAUCGAAUUUAAGCCCCCAUUCUAAAAAGCUUUUUUGCUUUCUUAUGGUGGUGGAGGAAAUUCUCUUUAACUUCAUAAGUAAGAAUGUUACUGUCAGGCAGGACUAUGAUGGGGGACAAUGGGUGGGCAUUUGGUGGCUUAUUUUUCUGAAGUAUCCACCGUAUGAUGAACCCAGAAGAAACGGAAAGGUUCCAAAGAUAUUAACCCACAGGUUAUUUCCUCAAGCACAGUACAGCAUCUGGAUUGAUGGUAAAAUGGAGCUUAUAGUUGAUCCAUUGCUUAUUCUGGAAAGGUAUUUAUGGCGUGGAAAGCACACAUUUGCCAUUGCUCAGCACAAGCACCAUCGGAAUAUCUACGAGGAGGCUGAUGCAAAUAAACGGAGGAAGCGAUAUGCUCGACCUCUUAUUGAUCUUCACAUGAAAAUAUACCGUUAUGAAGGACUGGAACCAUGGAGUCCAAAGAAAAAAACCAUCAGUGAUGUUCCAGAAGGAGCCAUCAUCAUACGCGAGCAUACAGCACUGAAUAAUUUGUUUAGUUGCUUGUGGUUCAAUGAGGUCAAUCUCUUCACACCAAGAGAUCAGCUGAGCUUUGGAUAUGUUGUGUACAGGUUAGGAGGUGCGUUCAAAUUCUUUAUGUUUGAUAACUGCGAGUAUAACUCGCUGUUUGUGUUGCACCCACAUACACGCGAGCAUUCUUCUGUUAUAGAGUGGGUGAAAGAUUUAAAUGAGUUCAAGAACAAUAGUACUUUGAAAGAGAGUAGGGGAGGAUUAGGCUUGUGGACUCCUUACCCUGGAAAUCUUAAUUCAGUUGCUUUACCACCUGUAUCAAGAACAUCAAAAGCAGGAUUAGUUUUUCGUUACUCCAAUUUUUUUUUUUGGUGUCAGUUUCGGAAUUUUUGUAGUUGUCGGAAAAUUUAUAUAUUUUUCCUUCCUUGUUUCAAGGGGAAAAUCAUUAAGGCCUUGUAGAAAGUCUUUGUACGAUAUUUUGAAGAAGUUGAAGUAGGUUAUACAUAAUUGCAACUGUAUGUUCCUGCUUACCAUCUUCUCUAAUUGUUGGUGUAGAACU